AUUGGUACUGAGGGCAGCUUUUGAUUCUGUGCCAUGUUGGCAUUUGGCUGCUCCAUUUUCUCUGUAGAAGAAGGAAAGGGCUGAUCUCCGUCUUGUUUCCUCCCAGGGAUUUAGAUUUAUCUGAUCUUAGGAGCCAGCACUAUGUUGUGGGGCAGUGGGUGCCUGUGAGAUCUGGGCAGGGUGUCUGCCCAAAACUAGAGCUGCCUCUACCAUCGCACUUCCUGGCACCAGGACAGCGACGUGCUGGGCGCCCAGGUUGGCAUCGUCUUCUGUCUGCCUGUCUUUGCUUUGUCGAGUGCCCGUUUCAUGUCCUUCACUUCUGGAGAGCCUUGUGCCAGGUAAACGCAGAGAACAUGGCGAGCGGUGGCUUUAGGUCACACACCCCAUCUUCUUCUAACACAACGGAUUUCUUGGAGGAAUGGAAGGCCAAGCGGGAGAAAAUGAGGGCGAAGAUGUAUGCGGCUGAGAUGGCGGGCACCUCUGGGGCGACGGACAUAGUGAAUAAGACAAGCAGUGAGGUGAACAAUAAUAACAGCAGUAGCAAUGCUCCAAACAGCAAUACCCAGGCGCCUGCUGCCGUCUCUGUACUAAAAGCUCCAGCCAUCAGGAGGACAGAAGAAGACCAGCCUGUAGGCUCCUCGGUGGCGCAGCCAAGAAAGACCCCAGCCCCGGUACAAGAUGGGGUAACGCAGGAUGAAUCGCCACCACCCGCUUCUCAGGACAGUCCAAGUAAGACAAAGGACAAAGGAAAAGGCUGCAGUGGUCCAAGUGCCAGGAAGGGGAAAGGGCAGAUUGAGAAGAGAAAACUGCGGGAAAAAAGGAGGUCUACAGGGGUGGUCAAUAUUCCAUCAACAGAAAGUCCUGAAGAUGAAGACGAUGAAGAAUCUGGACAGAAAGAAAGGAAGAAAGAAGAGACUGUUACCCAGCAAAAUACCCUGCAGAAUGAAUCCUUUACUAUAGACCCAAGUGACUAUUUGCAGUCGGAAAGAAAUGUGCCAACCCGAUAUAAGAGCGUCAAUAAUGCCCCCGAUGAUGAGCUUUUAAAUCGCCACUCCCGAAGUGACAGGACAAAUUGUAGUCGCUUCAACAAGGAUGCCUCUUCUAGCCAGGGAGGUUCAUUAGAAAAAAAGAUUGAGGAGCUUGAAAAGGAACUAGCAAAAGAGAGGCAAGAAAAUGUAAGGUUAGUGAAGAUAAUGCAAGACAAAGAAGAGUUAAUUCUGAAAAUGAAGGAGGAAAUUGACUUACUGAACAGAGAUUUGGAUGAUAUAGAAGAUGAAAAUAAACAGCUAAAGCAAGAAAAUAAGACCCUUCUGAAAGUGGUUGGCCAGCUGACCAGAUAGGAGCCGGAAUGACAAUUCGCUGUGGAAACAACACUACUGAUUUUUCUUCAGAUGCGAGGGGGUAGCAUAGGGGAAAUUGGUUAUGGGGAUCUUAAGGCAACCUCUUCGAUGAAGGGGUGUACCCAAUGCUUUUCAAAAUUUGAUAAAAUAGUAGAAUUAUAUAUUUAUUAUUACAGACUGUGUUCUUGAAGGUAACAAAUUGCAGCAGAUUUUAGGGUUUAUAGUUCUGGUUAGGUAUAUAGUGAUUUUGCAUCGUUUAACAGUCCUUUGCAUUUUAUUUUAUUUUUUUUCUUAUCUGGACACACAAUGUUUUCCGUGCUCUUCAGCCUAUGAUAGGAGAGAUUGCUCAUGAAACAUCUAUGUCUUGUUAAAUGUAUGUCAAGUGUACCCGAGGAAAGUACAAUGGCCAGGACUGAAUUUCCCCACCCACAAUGUCUGGAGACAUUUCCCGAGGACAAAGAGUGAAGGAAGAGGAAUGUGAACCUAGUCACUGGAAAGGAAUGUCUCCUGUCUGGAGAGUCCGAAUCUUUACCUGUAAAAUCUAUAAGGUUUCUUUUCUCAUAUUGAAAUCCAUCCACAUUCUGAUAAUACAGCAUUCAUACUAGGGGUAACGAUUGACACUUAAGGUCCCUUUAGACGGGACGAUACAGCAGAUGAUUGUCUGGAAGGAAGCGUCUGCUCGCUAGCAGUGGACAAAGCUGCUAUUACGUACAGCGAUCUCCUCCACAGUAAGGGUAUGAGAGAUCGCUAAUGUCAUCUCUAGUCUCCAUACUGACUUGUUGUUUGCCGGCAGUAGCACAAUCUGCUGACAGCAAAUGGCGAUUUUUGUGUCCGCACAAACAAUCUGUUACCUGAUGAAUGAACGUUUUGCUUCUUCUUCGAGUAAUUGGCGGCAUCUUUUCACUGCCAGAUCAUCGAUAACCAGCGUUCGUAUGAACUCUCGUUAGCGAUUUAUCUGGUGGAUUCUCGGCCCAGGUAAAAGACCCUUUAGAUACAUUGUCCUGAUACACAAAUCUUAUCAUUAUCUCCCCAUGUUAUCUGCUCCAUUGUGGGUAUAUGUAUAUAGAAAGAUGGAGGGAGUGCAGUUCACAAUGAAGUAAGAAUUGUUUACAUGUACCUAUCCAGUUCCUUUGGGUUUUAAUUUUACCCUGCAAUAAAAAUCUAAUAUCUGAAAAUACUAUAAUGAGCUGUCAUAAUAUGCCAAGGAGCAUAGUGCAUAUGAACUCAUACAGUAGAUGUUUACAGGAUCGAAUGCAAUUACCAUGUUGACAGGGUAUUAUUUUGUGGGAUUAUUGAAAAUCUCACAUAACCACUAGAAUACCUUAAAAGAAAAAAAAAAAACGGAUAUCCUCUUCUCCAGCACUGUUCUCAGUGGCGCUGGUCUAGUCCGGGUAUACAGAAGCUUAUCCA